AUGUUUGGCAACACAGCACAGGGGUUCGAUGUCGCGACGCCCGAGUUCAAGGCAAUCAUUCUGGCCGGACCCGGCAAUGACCUGUAUCCGCUGACAGAACGCGAGAACACGCCCAAGGCGCUGCUGCCGAUUGCCAACAAGCCCAUGAUCUGGUAUGUGCUGCAAUGGCUUGAGCAGGGCGGUGUGCUGGACAUUGAGAUUGUCACGGUCCGCGAGAGCGAGCCCGAUAUCUCCGACUACAUCCGUGGUGUUUACGAGGGCAUGGCCAAGAUCACGGUCCGCGUGCUGAGCGACGCUGCCGGAACCGCCGACGCCCUGCGCCAGGUGGCGCCGCAGAUCAAGACCGACGUGAUUGUGGUCCCAUGCGAUCUCAUCAUUGAUGUGCCGGCUGCGCAUUUCCUGGACAUGUACCGCCUGCGGCGUCCCUCGGUCGCCUCAAUGUUCUUUGAGACCAUGCGGCCCAAGGGCGGCGGCGGCACGUCGAAGGCUGCUGUGCAGCUGCCGCUGAUCGGCAUCGACCAGCCAACGUCACGUCUGGUGAUGCUCCGGCCGCUGGACAAGGACGACGAUGAGGUGGAGCUGCGCAUGUCGCUGGUGCGCAAGUUCCCGUCGCUGGCCAUGUCCAACAAGAUGCAGGAUUCGCACGUCUAUGUGUUCCAGCGCUGGGUGCUCGACUACCUGGCCGCCCACCCUGAGAUGUCCUCGCUGCAGGACGACCUUCUGCCCAUGCUGGUGCGUGCCCAGAGCCAGCCACAGCUGCUUGAACGCGAACAGAUUAUCAAGUUUAUGCGCCCGCGCUACGCCAGGCACAUUGACGAGAACGACACGUCGGCCCAGUCGACAAUGACGAUCCGCUCAAGGUUUUCGCAUACCUGCGCCGCAACGGCAUUGCUGGUCCGUGCCAACCGCAUCCCCAUGUACUGCGACCUGAACCGCGUCGUCACCCGUGUGUCAACCGAUGCGCGCAUCGACGAGUCUGUCGACCAGGCGCAGCGGAUCCAGGUUGGCACCGACUCGCUGGUCGGUGCCUACUCAAAGCUGGGCGAACGCUGCUCCGUCAAGCUGUCGAUGGUCGGCGCCCACUGCGUUAUUGGCAAGGACGUCAAGAUCACAAACUGCGUGAUCAUGGACCAUGUCACCAUUGGCGACGGCGUCAAGCUCGAGUCGUGCGUCGUGUGCAAGCUAGCCAAGAUUGGCGACAAGGCGCAGCUCAAGGACUGCGAGAUCGGCGCGUCGGGCGAGAUGUUCGCUGCCAGCACCGCUACGUCGAGCGCCGAUGGCAUCCAGGUCAAGUUCACCUAG